CAUUGACUCACCUGAGUCUGUUAAAUUGUAUGCAUCCCUACUCUGGCAGAUGCUUCUAUAAGUUUCCGACAGAAAUUGAUGGUGUGAUUUCUGAGCUAAAGGCCCUGGAAAAAUUUGAAGUUGCUGGGAUAGUCUGGUUUUUCAACCUGAUUCAUAAUCACUAUUGUGACGAUCUUUACUAUAGUAAUCACAUUUUAAAAGGAAUUAAUAAAUUGAACGAUUGUACGGAAUUAAAUCUUUCGACUCACCAAAUUACAGAUAACGGUUUGUAUAUUAUUGCCAAUGUCAUGGUGCAAUUAAAAAUACUAUGUAUAUCCUGUGAAUUGGUAAGUGAUGAUGGUGUAGUUGCAAUUUCAAAAAUAAAUAAUUUACAAACUCUUGAAUUGAUCGGCAGUAAUAACGUCACUGAUUCUUCAAUAAAAUUGCUAAAAAAUUUGACAAAGUUAAAGUUACCAUGCAGUGCUAAAAUUACUGAUGAUUCAGUCACGAAAGUUCUUGAAAAUUCACCAGAUAUGGAAGAUCUCUAUGCUGAGUACACAAGUGUCACUGUUGAAUUUAUCAAAAAAGCAGCAGAUAUAUCAAAAAAUCGAGAACGAGUUUUACAUGUAGGCGUUACAUUUAUACCUGAUACAAAACAAUAUGAAUCGCAGUAUUUUACUGUUCAUAUAAGUUAAAAAAAAUAACAAAAAAGAAUGAGUG